UAUUUUAGAAGAUGGUGACAGCGCCUAAAAAGGUCGUUCCAGGAGAUCAGAUAUGUAAAUACGAUGAGAACUGUGUCUUAGGAGGAGGACUGCACGUUCACCAGGGCAUCGUGUACUCAACUCUACUCGGUUUUCUGAAAACAGAACAGAAAGGUGAAUUGAAGGAGAUCAGCGUAGAACGAGUAAACUCUGACAUCACCUUGACGGCUCUACCCAAAUCUAACGAUAUUAUCACAUGCAAGGUUGUAUCCGUCAACCCGCGCCAAGUUAAAGUUCUCAUCCUCUCAGUGCAAGGGAAAAGACUUCCACAACAUUUCAGAGGUAUUAUUAAAAAGGAGGAUAUACGAGCAAAAGAAAAGGACUCAGUAAUAGUCUACAAGUGCUACAGACCCGGCGAUCUGGUGCUAGCUCGGGUUAUCUCUAUCGGAGACGCUGCUUCCUACUUCCUCUCCACGGCGGAGAAUGAGUUAGGGGUGGUGUUCUCUCAGAGCAGCGAGGGGGUGAGCAUGGUGCCGGUCAGUUGGUGUGAGAUGAAGUGUCCACAGACUAACACCAUGGAGUACAGGAAGGUCGCUAAAGUUAUCGCCCGGUGAUAGUUAUCCCGAGAUGGAAUUUUGAUUAAGAUGUUUUUAAAUAUUAUGGUUUAUGAGUUUAACCGCUGUUUUUUGGGUAGGAUGCCUUUAAUUAAGUUUCUUUCUUUUCGCUUUAAAUUAUAAAUUCUGUGACUGACGGAGAGAAACUAACUAAGAGGCACAAUUUUAUUUAUGACUAAUUUAUUAUAUAUGAUUAGUAUACACCAAACUAUGGACCAUUAAAUAUCUGACGAAAUUAAUACCGGUCCAGCUGUUGUUCAGGAAAUCGGAUCAAGUGCCGGAAUUUUGCUUUAAAGUUUUUGUGGGUGCCGGAAUAAGCUGCAUUUUUUAAUGGCGCCGGAUGUUUAUUGUUAAGUUCUCAAUUCUCAUUUCCAAUUAUUUUAUCGAAUUUAAA